GAGCGAUUGCCAUGUCCGCUCUUGAGUACUGUAUUUCCGGAUAAAAUACUGAGACUAGCUAGCAGGGUAAGAACAAAGACCACAACUGUAUUUUAGUUCCUCCCAGUCCAUAAGUACCCCACACAGACUCAGAGUUCAAAUUACGAAGUCAAUGCCAGCAAGCUCCAACUUCCUCCUCCCUCCAACACCCUCCGGCUCCAAGAUCUGAAUCAAGAAACCCGCCGGCGAUGGGGCUCUGCGACUGCCUGGGCGAGUGCUGGGAAGACUGCAAGUGGGUAUUAGCGUGCAUCGCCGCCGUCGCCGCUGUCAUCGUCAUCGUCGUCAUGGUCGCCGCCUACAGCUUCGCCGUCCAGCCAUCCAUCACCGUCGAGGACGCCUCGCUGACCAGGUUCGCGCUGGCGACCUCCCCGGUGACCUCGCUCGGGUACAACCUCUCCCUGAAGCUCGUCGUCCGCAACCGCAACUGGGCGACGACCAUGAAGAACACGGAGCCGCUGGAGGCGGCGUACAAGUUCGACGGCCAGCAGUUCGAGCGCGUGCAGGUCGCCGACAAGGGCGACAAGCACGGCCCCAGGAAGACCCGGGUGUACCGCCUCGACUCUGGCUCGGACAGCGCCUACGCGGCGCUGGGCAACGCCGGCGUCGCCGCGUACAAGGACCAGAACAAGACGGGGGAGUUCGAGCUGGAGGUGGCGGUCACCGGCGAGGUGCGGUACACGCUGCAGCUGAAGAAGAACAAGCUGGCGGGGACCUGCAAGCUCAAGCUGAAGCUCGACUCGCCGUCGACGGCCUCCGUUGUGUUCGAGAGGGUGAAAUGCAAGCUCGAGAAGGAGAAGAAGGACAAGGAGUAGUUAAUUUUCUAGCUACUGUGUACUGUAUGGUUUUCAUCCAAAGUUCCAAGCAAUCUCUGGCGGCCGGUUGCCAACUUGCCAUAUCGAGUAGUUGUAGUACUUCUCAAUUAUUUCAUUCCUUCCUUAUCCUUAAAAAGAUUUUUGAUGGUGAAUCUUGGUUGCUAUUAUUUGAAAUUUGCAUGUGCUAUGUUUCCUCA